AAUUCAAAAACUGCGCCCUUCAGAACCACGGAAUCCAGUUUCCAUUAAAUCAAUUUCAGCACUCAUACACCCUCCCUUUAGAUAGUGCGCUGCCGUCUGCUCCCUACAAGUAGAUUCGGGAAGUGUCGGGUGGGCGGAUAGUUUUGAUUUUCCUUACAUCGUGCCUAGCCAAUAAUGUGGGGGAACUGUUGUGCACAUCUCAGCUGGCAGACAUUUAAAAAGGAGACAGUCCGGCGCUGUUGCAAUUUGUAUUAAAAACCCAACCUCUCUUUCUAUGGAACCGUUAGAAGCUUCAGACUCUCUCCGUGGCUUACUCCUGUCCGGUCCUCUGUGUUAGCAACUCUCUCCGCGGUUUGCCUUGGACGGAACACAGCAAACCGUUAUAUUUUUAGCAUUUCGACUACUUGACAGAAUGAUGGCAUCCGCACGUGUCCUCUGCAGCAUGAUUUUCGUCGUGGGGCUUCUCUCCUAUCCAGCGGAUUCCAAACGGAACCGAGGAUCCCAAGGUGCCAUCCCUCAUCCUGACAAAAACAACCCAAACGAAUCAGAGCAGCAACCUCAGACACCGCAGGCGGGCUCUGGCUCCCAGGGACGGAGAAAGGGCCCCCAUUUAUCCGCCGACGAAGUGCUGGAGUCCAGCCAAGAGGCGCUACAUGUCACCGAACGCAGAUACCUCAAACUCGACUGGUGCAAGACCCAACCGCUGAAGCAAACCAUCCACGAGGAAGGCUGCAUCAGCCGCACCAUUAUUAAUAGGUUCUGCUACGGACAGUGCAAUUCAUUUUACAUUCCUAGACAUGUCCGCAAAGAAGAGGGAGCCUUUCAGUCAUGUUCUUUCUGUAAACCAAAGCGAUUUACCACCAUGACUCUAACUUUGAAUUGCCCGGACCAGCAGCCGCCCACCAAAAAGAAGCGCGUGCAGCGCGUAAAGCAGUGUCGCUGCAUCUCUAUAGACCUGGACUAACGCUGAUGCCUCGGUACACCAAGCAAGCACGGGGUUUCAGAGAGAAACAUUCAGAGACGAUCUUGUCUAAACUGAAACCUUAAUACAAUGGCAGAGAAGGAGACUGGUUUCAUACUCACGCGAUAGAAAAUCAUGUUCACUAUAGUUUUCUCUCCAGACGCAGUUUUACGUCCACUAAUUCACUUGGCACUUCAAUAUCCGGAUGGACACAGCAAGUAACACAUAGACACAAAAUGACAGACAGACCGACACAUCUUUAACUCACGUUCACUCUGGGAUGCAUUAAAAGUUGGGUCAAUUGCAUCAUGGAAGCCAAAGGAGACUAUGUUAUGGUCUGUCGGUGAAAACAGCCAAACACGUUGGGGGUAGCCUUAAAAGACAACUUAUUGGCCUCUCAGACUUACUGUGGCGUGGUCUCUCCCUCUCUACCCUCCUCUGAAAUGAAUUUACUGCUUAUGAUUUCCACUAUGUGGAAUUGGAGAAACAGUAUGGCGAUUUUAUUUAAUAUCUGGGACACAUAUAAGAAUGUUUAAACGAAUUUCUCGGAAUCUCCAUUGCCCAAUUAUAUUGCCAGAUUAUUGUGCAAUUAUAGCCUAUAGCCUCUUCGGAUCGGUAUUUAUGGAAUGGAAAUCUAAAUGCAACCACCAUUAGUUUGGCUAUACGAGAAAAAGCAACAUGUGCUGGUGUCUCUUCCUUAAUUUUGUUUUCUAAAGUUGUACAGAAUGUUUAUAAUGUUGUAGAUAGCACGGUUUAUUGUGUUUAUUAUAUGGUAAUCACAUAUAUUGUUGUAAUGCACAACAGGAUUGCUGUUUAUUCGAUGCUAAUGAAAAUACAGCAAUAAAACGGAAAACGUAUUUCGCUCUACCA